CUGGGUUUCAGUUUCGUGAGCGGUGUCGGCAUGCUCGGAUCGGUGUUACUGGGUAUUGCGACGCUACUGGGGCUGAUCUAUGGCUUCCUGGUCUCCAACUUUGGCCACUGGCGGCGGCGGGGAGUGCUGGAGCCGCGGGCCCUCCCCCUUUUCGGAUCCUUUCCCAGUGUGAUAUGGCCACGACAGCACUUUACCAUCGAUAUGCAGGAUAUAUACAUGCGCUAUCGGGAGACAAACAGCUAUGUGGGAUGCUUCCUGUUGAGAGCUCCCAAGCUCCUGAUCCUGGAACCACGGCUCGUCUCUGAGAUCUUCGUGAGUGGCUUCCGGCAUUUCGAGGACAACGAUGCCUCCCACAUGGUGGACACAUCCAAGGACCGGCUCAUCGCCCGCAAUCCCUUCGUGCUCCAGGGCGACGACUGGCGUCGGGAACGAGCUAUAUUCUCCACUUUGCUGACCAACGGGAGGAUCCGCACUCUACAUUCUAUUAUGAAACGGGUGUGCGGGGAUCUGUGCGACUUCCUGGCCAAGGAUACGACAGGCGGAGGACCACACGAUGGAACUGAUCUUGGCCUCCGCUUCACGGGGGAAACCCUGUUCGACUGUGUCCUGGGCAUCCAAGCGCGCAGCUUCAGCAAGGACCCGCUUCCACUGAUCCGACAGAACCAGGAGAUGUCCAGCGAAAACAUAGGCCUGACCAUUGCCGGAGCAGUAUCCGGCCUCUUCCCCAACCUGCCGCGUCGCUUCCGUCCGAAGGUCUUUCCCCGCUCCUACGACCGCUUCAUGGGCGGCGUUAUAGGCGAAGCCCUACGUCUCCGGCGCUCUAGUCCCCAGGACAGGAACGACUUCAUCAAUCACCUCCUGGAGCUGCAAAAGGAGCACAACCUCAGCGAGGAGGACAUGAUCUCCCAUGCCAUGACCUUUAUGUUCGAUGGUCUGGACACCACCUCCACCAGCAUUGCUCAUUGCUUGCUUUUGCUUGGACGCUAUCCGGGAUGUCAGCAGCGGCUGUUGGAGGAACUGGAUCGGGCUGGUGGGGACUCGGAGCUGCUCGACUUGGACGCUCUAAUCGAGUUGCCCUACCUGAGUGCCUGUUUCAAUGAGAGCCUCCGGAUGUAUCCGGGCUCCGGGUGGGCAUCCAAAACAUGUACCCGGGACUACGAGUUGCAGGGCAGCCACAAGGCAGAGUCUGUGAAGCUUCGUCCCGGCGACAAUGUGAUGAUUCCGGUCUAUGGACUGCACCAUGAUCCCGACUACUACCCGGAGCCGGGCGAGUUCCGGCCGGAGCGGUUCCUGGACGACGGACUGAAGCGAUUCAAGCAGCAGGGCGUGUUCCUGGGCUUCGGCAACGGGCCGAGGCAGUGCGUCGGGAUGCGUCUGGGCCUGGCCAUGGCCAAGGCCGCCCUGGCGGUCAUUGUCCAGCGGUUCCAGGUGAAGAUCAAUGCCCGUACUCCGGCGGGUAAUCACCUGGAUCCCAAUAUCUUUGUUGGCGUCCACAAGGGCGGCAUCUGGCUGGACUUUGAGCCGCGCCUGACCAAGAGGAUUUCCUAAACAGAGGAGUCCUCUUAUGAGGCCUUCCAUGGGGAUUCCAUCAGGGCCUCCAUUAGAUCUAGGACUACGAUCUAGCACCGAUUCAGAGUAUACUUCCAUUACAUUAGUUGGUUUUUUGUUCAAUUGAGUUCCAUACAAAACAUCUUGAGGGUCAGGCACGACCAAAAAAUAAAAAUUAGAGUGUAA